CCACAACGCACCAUCGGCAUACCUACCCGGGGCUAGCUCAUGUUCGCCAAACACAAAACUGGGUCAUAAAGACGUUGUUAACGUGAAGUAAUGGACAAUAAGGACCGCUUUGCCUUCCUCGCCGAGUGGUACGACCCCACGGCGUGUCUCCUACGACGCUACCAAUUCUUUUACUACCCGAAUGACAACUCAGUGGAGAUGUUUGACCUGAAGAAUCAGAGAACAUUCCUGCGGCGCACCAAAUACGGCGACAUCCACGCGAAGGACAUGUUUGUGGGCAACCGCGUCAACAUCUUCUCGCGUCAGCUUAACCUCGUCGAUUACGCCGACCGCUACACGGCCACCAAGCUGGGCAGCAAAAAAGAAAGGACGCUUGCUCUGAUAAAGCCGGACGGCGUUCCGAAGAUCGGAGACAUCCUGGAAAUGGCAAUCGCCGCCAACUUGAUGGUGACCAAUGCCAAGAUGACGCAUUUGACAUGGAGCCAAGCAGCAGACUUUUAUGUGGAGCAUCAAUCAAAGCUGUUCUUCAAUUCCUUGGUGCAGCUGGUGUCUUCGGCCCCCGUGGUUGCCUUGGAGCUGAUGGGUGACGAAGCCGUGUCUGUCUGGAGGAAACUCCUGGGACCCUCAGACCCGGAAGUGGCCCGAAGGGAGGCGCCGCAAAGCAUCCGUGCGCAGUUCGGAACUGACAGUGGCAAAGACGUGGCGCACGGUUCAGACUCGCUGGCUGCCGCCGCCAGAGAGCUGGAGUUCUUCUUCCCGACAGCGAUCUGCCACGGUCCACCAAAUACGGCCAUCUACUUGGACUGCACGUGCUGCAUCAUCAAACCUCAUGCCGUGGCUGAAGGACUCACCGGUAAGAUCCUCAACUCCAUUGCCGCGGCAGGCUACCACAUCUCAGCUCUGGAAAUGUUCAACGUUGACCGAGCCAACGCAGAGGAGUUCUACGAAGUCUACAAAGGUGUGGUGAUAGAAUACGUGGACAUGGUGACCGAGCUGUCAUUGGGACCCUGCAUGGUUCUGGAGAUCCACGGCACCGACGUGGCCAAGACUUUCAGGGAAUUCUGCGGGCCCGCCGAUCCGGAGAUCGCGCGCCACCUUCGUCCUACCACGCUGCGUGCUCUUUAUGGCACGGACAAAGUCAAGAACGCCGUCCACUGCACAGACCUUCCAGAAGACGCCGUCUUAGAGGUGCAGUACUUCUUCAAGAUCUUGGAUGGGUGACCACAAACACACGCGUCAGACCUCAUCUUUGUGUUUUGUUUUAUUGUUUCAGCCAGAUUAAAUAAAGUAACAAGACGACUCUGGACAAAGUGUUCUGAUGGGGUUUUUUUUCCCCCAACAUGAAAUUCUUUUCACAGCAACUGAACAUCUGCUAACACGGGAUACUGCAUUGCCUCGGAUUCUUUCAACUUUUCACCAGCGACUUUGGUAUCGGAUUGAAACAUGACACUUUUUAGAGUGAGAAAAAAAAUGUACAACUGCAUAAAUAUAAAAUUCUUCCACCAUGAAAAUGGCUAAAACAUUCAAGAGUGGGCCACGCCCGCUUCAACCCGACUACAAACUACGAAAAGAACGACAAAGGAAUAAAAGGCGUACAAACGGAUCCUUCCCACAGUCAAAUUGAUCGUGUCGAGCGUUUCCUAAAGAGGUUUUGUACCACGCUAGUAUUUCAGUUAGUCGGAGCACAUUGACACACAUACACGCACGCACGCACGCACGCACGCUGGGAGCACUGAAAGCGGACAAGACAAGAAGAGAUUACAAGACACAAACACGUCUCGCUACACGUCAGUAGUAGUGGAAUUGCAGUUUUGACAAUAAUCCAUGGCUCAAGGAAUAUUCAUGUACAGUAGAAUAAAUAUGUCGCUAUUGCUACUACGUUCUAAGCCUCAACACACACACAGAAGCCUAGUGUGAAGCACACAGAUUUAAGUGGAGGUCCUGUAUAGUAUGAAUCUUCAAAGACUAGUGGUGUUUUUUGUCGUUUUUUUCUACUAUCUCAAUAGACUCUACAUUGGAGUUGCUUUUGCCUUUUUUUGUUGGUUUUUUUAAACUUUAUUUUUAAAGCGCCGGUGCGCUGAUCACAACCGAGGUCACGAGUUGACGGUGAGCUUGAUGUCAAAUCGUCCUUGAUAUCGGUCUUUGUCGCUGUAGUUGAUGUUGGCGCCGUACGCCUUGCACUCGAUGCGCACCUCCUGGUUGAGGGUUACGUUGAACUUGAUGGCCACCAGGGGCUGCAGGUACUGGGGGUGCAGCAGCUUGCCAUAGUAGGGGUAGUAGUGGAGGGGGAAGCUCCCGUUGAAGCCAAAGUACUUGAUUUCUUGGAUCUUGCUGGCGUCCUCCUCUCUCUUCAAAGAUGAAAAAAGGAAAGGGCAAAUUAAAACCUCUCAAAGUGCAGCAAAAUCUUAAAACAGGGGUGUCCAAUGCGCGGCGCGUGGCUGUUUUUUGUUGUUUUUUUAACGGUCCCGCAGCACAUUCUAAAAAUAAAAUUUUAAAAAGCAGCAAAAAUGGAAAAAUCAGCAGCAAUGCUACAAGUGACAAUAUCAUGAGAAAAAGUUGUAAUCUAACCAGAAAAAAAAAAUCGCAAUUUUACAAAAAUAAACAUUUUACUGUUUUGAGGAAAAAUAACAUCACUGUAGUACAGUAGCAUUAAAUCAAAAUAUGAAGAAAAAUAGAUCUAUAUUUUUUAAAGUUAAAGACAGACAAAACAAUGAAUAAAGUUGUCAUUUUUGGAAAAUAAUGUCGAGAAUAUCUAUAUACUCUCAUCUUUCAAUAUAUGGCCCUCGGACACCCCUGUCUUAAACAUCUGUCGAGAGUCAACCUUGUUCUUGCAGAAAAUGGGGAUGGCGUUGUUUGCUUUGGCCUUGAUGUCCGCUGCUAGCGAAUCAUUAUCUGGAGCCUAAAAUAAGAAACAGGACAGACUAUUAGACAAUGGAUGGCCAAACACACUCAUUUGCAUAUCAUUUAAUUUCCCAAGUUUAACAUGGCAACAAUUAAUGACCACAUAUCCAAAAACAUCACUUUGAAAACACAAUUUGAAUUGGCUCCACCUCACAGGAUGUUGAAUUGGAAUUACAGGAAGUGGAAUUAACGUCAUCGCAGGGAAAGAGAAAUUCCUCAAGUAAUAGGAAGAAUUUGUCACGUUUAAGUAAGGUUUUGGCUGAAAUACCAUACUUUCAACACUAAUUGCCUCCAUUUUGAAUACUAGGAAGCAUUCUGGUAUUUUUCCACCAUUUUCCAGAAUUUGAAAGUUCUAAUAAAAUCAAAUGAAUGUGUUUUAUCAUGGAGGAUGUAUUUAUUCUUAAUUGUCAUUAACAUUGGCUGUAUGUAAUAAAAUGUCAUGUGUAGUAAUAAUAUUUCUGCUAAAUAUGUUCAACAGUCAUAUAUGGAAUAUGCUGUCAAGCAUGAUUGUGGAACACACCGAUAUUAUCAAUUGGAGCUUCAAUUCUGCUUCCUUGGAUUGGAAUUGGAAUUGUACUUCCUGUUUGCAACCUCAAUUCCGAUUUUUUUUCCCGGAAUUUCUUUCAAACCAGUUUCAGUUCCCUCAAACUCAAAGCUGAAAAGCACAAAUUACAAAAUGUGCUUCCAUCACACGACACAGCUCAACUCAACUGCAUAUGAAACAGUGAUAAUCACGCAUUUAUCACAGUUAAUUGGUUCCAGACCAGACUUUGAUAAGUGAAUAUAUUUUCUUAGUUAGAACAUAGAAAACCUGUUUACAAUCUCUUUAGCAUUAUUAGAGCCCUCUAGGCAUGAACUAACACCCCUAUAUCACCUUUACACUCCUAUUACCCAAUAUAGUUUAAGACUCACACUUGUGUGUACUACUAUAAAUUAGGUACACGAUAAUUAUGAGGGAAUUAUGACAUCAUACCGAUAAAUCCGAUAACAAAAAGCUCAGAUAACCCAUAAUUUUAAAAAAAGCUCCAAUAAGGCGAGGUUACCCGUACUUUGCGGGUGAGCAAAUCAAGCACUCCUUUUUUUCUCCCACCUGGGUGUUAUAACGCUCUGUCGUAACUUCCCCUGAGCUCCCCCGAGGAAGACAUUUCGUGUGGUACCAAAUGCUCCGCGAUGAGGGGAACCCCCAUCGAGCGCCCCCACAAAAUUUCUUUUUUUUUUUUAUCAGCAUCACUAUGACACCUUUUGAAAAGUGCUUUUUCCAAGUGCUAAAGAGACCUCGGUAGCGUCCCACCGGCUGCUUGGAGCGUGUGCCUCUUGAAUACAGAGCACCUUGCAGGUGGCUCACUCCGCUCUAUACUCUGGUUCUCCUGAUGGUAGUGAUGUCAUGAUAUUUCCAUCCAUCCAUUUUCUCAUUUUCUAUGCCGCUUCUCCUGUUUAGGGUGUCGGCAGUAUGCUGGAGCCUAUCUCAGCUGACUUCGGGCAAGAGGCGGGGUACACCCUGGACUGGUGGCCAGCCAAUGGCAGGGCACAUAUAGACAAACAAGCAUUCCCACUCACAUUCAUACCUAUGGACAAUUUAGAGUCUCCAAUUAACCUAACAUGCAUGUUUUUGGACUGUGGGAGGAAACCCACACACACACGGGGAGAACAUGCAAACUCCACACAUAAAUACCCAACGGAGAAUCGAACCCAGGUCUUCCCGAUCUCCAGACUGUGACUGUGUGGCCAACGUGCUAACCACGAGACCACCGUGCGGCCGUCAUGAUAUUUGAUUAGGACAAAUUAACAGGCACAGUUUUGAGAAGCCGAAAGUUAUCAGUAUCGGUUUAAAAAAAAAAAGACAUCGUGCCUGUCUAUAAAUGUCUAUGUGUGCCCUGCGAUUGGCUGGCACCCUGUCCAGGGUGUACACCGCCUCUCGUCCCAAGUCAGCUGGGAAAGGCUCCAGCAUACCCUUCUGAGGAUAAGCAGCAUAGAAAAUGGAUGGAUGGAUGGAUCUACGAUAAAUGUGUACCCUACGGGAUCUGUAAGGGAGGUGGACAAGGAUUUAACUUUGAGGUUCAGAGUUUGAGUUUCAGCUUUGUGUGGGUAACGCGUCUUUUUAUUAGAGAGUACUGUGCCCGUUGUGAGAUCACUCAAUCCUGCAAUAAAAGCCUGUUUUUUCCCGGCAAUCAAGUCUGGUGCUUGAACACCACUGACACCUAUGAUUACUACAUUUCACCCAAGUCUUUGAAUGUGUCUUUUCAAUGCUUUAUGUUUUCAUUUUUGUUCAUUUCAAAUAGGUAACAUUUGCGUAAAUAUGCUUUUUAAAAAAAAAAAAAACAACUAAAACAACUAAUAAUAGUAUUCAACAAAAGAACAACAUGAUUUAUUAAAUAGUAUAAUUUGGGUCUGAGCACGGUGGUCUAGUGGUUAGCACGUUGGC